AUGGCUGCCACUGAUGUCGCAGGAACUAUAAUGGCUGUGCUGUUUUUAAUUCUUGGAUGGUAUAGCGUUGCGUCAGAAAAAACCAUGUUGUUUAAUUCGUCCAAUGAUUCGAACGACAUAAAAAUUUGUAAAGAUAAACAAUGGCAACAAUAUUAUGCCGGCUCAGAUGGUGCGAUAAUGUUUCUAACAGCCGAUGUGAAACAACGAAUCUUGUACUGGGUCACACGGAAAGGGUUUUUCUCACUCGAUGUAGAUGGUAACAAGACUGUUGUAAAUUUGUCGAAGAAAUUUAAAAAAGGUUUAGUGUUUCAAGUAUUAUUAAAGCGUGUUGUGGCUGUGAAUAGAUUUGCCUCUAUGGAAUUCAGAGUACACAAUGGUCAGAUGAUAUUUGCUGAAACGAAUUGGGGUUUAAUGAAAUUUGAUGUUAAGACAAACAGACAACUUUUCAAUUUCAAAGUUGUAAAUGUAAAGAAUUUGUACCAUUUAACUUCAAUUAUAAGUAUUGAUUAUUAUGGUAACGAGGCCAGUUUGUAUUGGUUGGGACCACGUGAUUACCAGAUAAGCAGAUAUCUAAUAAACUCUAAUAUAAAUCAGAUUGUUGUUCAAGAACUUCCUGAAAAUUGGAUAGCUGUAAAUGUGCACCACGAAAAGGUUUACUGGACCAUGUAUUAUGAUAAGUAUUUUACAACCAACUUAAACCUACGGAACAGACAUUCCUGGAUUAAUUAUGAAUCUAUAAGUUAUGUUUUAGCUCGUGGAACAAUGUAUUAUUCCUAUCACAGAAACAUUUCUUCCAUGUUGUCAAAAGUGAUUUAUCCGUUGAAACCCUACCUUUGUCCGUGUCCUGACAAAUUCUAUAACAAAUUGGUCGUCAUGCCUGGAUCUGAAACGCCCACUGAUCAGACUGUUAAUGGAGAUGCUAUUGUAGAUGCUGUUAAAACUGGUAUCUGGUCAACAAGUGAUUUUCGUAUUCGAGGAAAAAAGUAUGAAAAAUAUCAUAGGGGUUCAUCUUUGGGUAAUUACGUCAAAAAUCCGCCAAGAGAUGCGCCCUUGUGGACGUACGGACGGACGCACAUGGGUGACGCCAAUGUACGCCCCAUUUCAUGA